AUGGCAGGGAGACUGACGAACGCAGCAUCAAGGAUCUUGGGCGGAAGCGGCGUCGUUUACCGAUCUGUAGCUUCCUCUCUUCGCCUCCGCUCCGGCAUGGGUCUCCCAGUCGGCAAACACUAUGUUCCAGACAAACCCCUUCCCAUGAAUGAGGAACUUGUGUGGGACAAUGGCACACCAUUUCCCGAACCGUGUAUAGAUCGUAUUGCUGACACUGUCGGAAAGUAUGAAGCAUUGGCCUGGCUCUGUGGGGGAUUGAGUUUUUUUGCGUCUCUGGGAUUGUUGGCUGUGUGGAAUGACAAAGCCUCUAAGAUACCGUUUACACCCAAAGUAUAUCCAUAUGACAAUCUACGAGUGGAGCUUGGUGGUGAGCCAUAG